AUGAUUUCUCUGUCGAAAGCCGAAAAGUCCUACAUCCAGGCCGGUAUACUUGGAGACCCUCCCCAUCGGUCUGACGGACGCGAUUUACACGAUUUUCGGACCGUUGCUCUCGAAACUGGAGUCGCACCACUCUCGAACGGGAGCGCGCGUCUCACAAUCGGCAGAGUUCUUCGCGGAGGAGGGGGGACCGAAGUUCUCGCCGCGACAAAGCUGGAGGUUGAAGAUAUGAAGGCUGGUGGCGUUGACGGAGGACGCAUCGUUUGCUCGGUGACUUGUUCGCCUGCAGCGUAUCCCCAUCUGUCCUCAGGCGCACUCGAAGACCUGCAAUACGACAUGACCAUGAUCAUCAAUCAAACCCUCUCGCACCCCUCCCUGCACCCCUCGAACCUCAGCAUCGUCAAGGGUCAGAAGUCCUGGCUACUCAACCUCGAUCUCGUCGUCUUAUCCGAUGCGGGGAACGUGCACGAUGCGCUGUUCAUGGCUGCCAGAGCUGCGCUGUGGGACACCAAGGUGCCACGGACGCGCAGCAUCGAAUACAAGGCUGCUGCUGCUAAUCGCAGCGCGGGGGGCAUGGAGAUCGACGACGCGAGCGGUUUGGACACGCGGCAGCAGCCUUCGAUGGCAGAUUUCGAGCUGCAUGAUUUCUGGGACGAGGGGGAGCCUCUCGAGGGCCGUGAAGUGUGGCCAGUUUCCGUCACGUUGAAUCUGAUCUCGCCCAUGCACUAUCUCGACGCUUCGGCGCAAGAAGAGGCCGCGACUCCGUUAAGGCUUCUGCUAGCAUUCUCCUUCUCGCCUUCAGGUACGGCUUUGCAGGGCAUGCGAGUGCUUGGUGUCGGCGAGCUGGACGCUAAGACGGUGAAGCAGGGGAUCGAGGACGGAGAGAAGUAUGCUCGGGAGAUCUAUACAGCUUUGAAUGCCAAACUCAAAGACGAAGACGUCCGGCGUAACCAAAAGGCUAGCCACCGCUUUGCCCGACGAUGA